AUGGACGCACAAGAGUGAUCAGCACCGCCAACAGGAACGAAAGGCCGGCAUGAAACGGAGGACCGACUAGCGAGGGUAAUGAGAACACCUAUGCUGGCCGCUCGCUAACUUCAACAAGGUCGUAUAUAAGGUGCACACAAAUGCCCUAAAUUUCAACACACAAUCAGUCCCUUAUUCGCCUUCAGCUCCUACCGACAACAAUGUUCGCCCCCGCCCUCGCCCUCCUCUCCGGCCUCACCCUCGCCAGCGCCACCGGCCUCCGCUCCGCCUUCACCUCCGAGUACGGGCAGGAGCAGGGUGACUGGCUCCUCCACCAGGCCACCCCCUCCGGCUUCGUCCUCGGCGGCGCCGCCACCGACCAGCUCACCAUCUCCGCCAAGGUCGAGAACGGCGAGCUCGUGAUGACGUGCCCCUACCAGGGCUACCAGGCCGUGCUCGUCGCCGUGCCGGACUCGGACCCCGUGGCGUACGAGGUUCAGUUUGUGAACUCGUUCAGUGACUUGCCGGCGAGGACGAUCUUUGGGGGGUGGAGUCUGUCGGACGAUAGGACGGGGAUCUCGAAUGAGAACUUUACGAAGGUGGUCAAUGCGUUUGGCGAGGGCAAGGGCCGAUGGGACGUAGACCUUCACAGCGAGAAGUACGAUGGGCUCAACACGCUUGAGUGGGUUAACACGUCCUACUACGACCACGGCGUCUACCACGGAUGGUUCAUCGUCCUCGACAGCGCUAACGAUGCUUCUUGCUAAGGGCAUGUCGUGUCUCAAUAUGCGCCAUCCGGUCGUUGGGUCACAAUAACAAUAACAAACACGGACACAACUUGGGACUAUACUUACGCGUAGAAUAUCCGGGUCACUGAAUUAAUGUGGGUUUCCUGUGUUCACUUCGCGCCGCCUCGGAUAAGUUCGUUGUGGCCCCAAUCAUCCAUAGCAUAGUCACAACUUGGCGUCCGCAAUAUCGAUCACCUCCUCCGGCGACCAUCUUAUCCUCACCCCCUCCAACCCCCUCUCCACCGCCUCCCACCUCGACCUCCUCAUUGGCGCCUGCAACACAUACCCGCCCUUGAACCCAUUGAUCGUCAAAAUGUGAUCCAUCGACAACACCGACGACGUCCAGCUCCAGUAGCCC